UUUUCCAUCAGCUCAUCGCGGAGCACUGACGUGAUGUUUUUAUUCCUUUGCUCUCGUUCUUGAAAAAAGUGAAAAAUUGCUUUACGUUCGGAAAUUAUGGAAUAAUUAGUGAAUUUUGAUGGUUCGUUUUGUCUAGCUUAGUGCUUAGCAGGGUAGUAGUAUUUGUGGAAGUUUGAUAAACGUAGGAAAGUUAGAUUUAUAUUCACGGGAGCUGCAGCAAAUCAGGAACGUGCAUAAGAAGAGCAAAGGAUAAAAAUAAACCAGCACGCGAUGAACCGGGAAGCGGCCGAGGACUGCGUGGAGCGGGCUGUGUCCUACCUGUCCGAGGGUAAGAUUGAAAAGGCCGAGAAGCUGCUGACCAAGUCGCUGAGCUUGCAUCCGACGAAGCGAGCUGAAGAACUGCUGGAGAAGAUCAAAUGCGGAGCUUACACGAAACGGGCCUCUUCCGGUAAUACUUCGGAUGAUGGUUUACGGCAACGACCGACGGCAUCCGCUUCCAGCACGGCGAAGGCUGAAUCCGGAUCCGAAGCGGACUACACACCGGAGCAGUUGGAGGCGGUCAAGCGGAUUAAGAAGUGUAAGGACUACUACGAAGUGCUGGGAGUUACCAAGGAGGCCUCCGAUACGGACAUCAAAAAGGCCUACAAGAAGAUGGCCCUGCAGUUGCAUCCGGACAAGAACAAGGCUCCUGGAUCUGCGGAAGCUUUCAAAGCGAUUGGAAAUGCCGUUGCCAUCCUUACCGAUGUCGAAAAGCGAAAGUCGUAUGAUUUGUAUGGUUCCGACGAACAGCAUCCGACUACGACCAGACGAACCCGUGCCCAGUAUGAGUACGCCUAUUCGCGUGGUUUCGAGACGGAGUUCACAGCCGAGGAGUUGUUCAAUAUGUUCUUCGGGGGAAAUAUUCCUACGCAGCACGUUUAUAUGCGACAGCGGCGGUUUCAUCGGGCCGAACACCAGCAACAGUAUAGAGAGCCUCAAUCGGGUUAUGCCGCAUUUAUCAAUCUGCUGCCGAUAAUUUUGCUGAUUGGUCUUUCAAUGAUGUCUUCGUUCUUUAUAUCGGAUCCAAUCUACAGUCUGACACCAAGCCAAAAAUUCUCCGUCGCCCGCAAGACCAACCAGCUGAAGAUCCCGUACUACGUCAAAGAAAACUUCCACUCGGAGUACCAAGGAUCGGUGGGCCGCCUAGAGGCAUCCGUCGAGGAGGAGUACCUUAACAAUCUGAAACACUCGUGCUACCGAGAGCGAAAUUACAAGGACACUAUGCUUAUGAAGGCACGCAACUUUGGCGAUCGAGAUCUCUACUACAAAGCCCAGCACAUCAAUACGCCUUCGUGCGAUAAGCUGCACAGCUUGCACAACAACUAGUCUCGGGGUGGUGAUCGUCGCCGUCGAUCUGUCGUUAAAUAGCGUCGAAAUUUCCCCGGAAAGAAAGUCAGCCCAUUUUUUUUUAAGUUGAAUUGCACAUUUUUAGGAGUAAUAAUUGCCCAGCCUACCAGCAAUUCGGCCAUAAGGUUGAUCAAUUAGUGUUGUUUAGAGGAGUGGAAAUAGUGGUUUCCCCCCUUUUUCUCUGUCGUGCGAGCGUUUGACGGUGUUGAUCGUGUUUCAAAGCAAUUGAAAUUUUACUUAUUUAAUAACUGAUGAGGAAUCACUCCCUUCUUUUUCAACAUCAAAAGAAAGCAUUUUCUGAGAAAUUUUCGUUGACGUUUCGGUUAAAGGGUUGUUAUUUUUGUCACAGUAUAGUCAUGGAUGGGAGCAAUACCAUCUAGGAGAACCGUUGAUAAUAUAUUAUUUAAUUUAUCUCAAUUUGAAAAAUAAAACCUUGAACAAUUAA